CGCCUCUCGACACACACGUACAUAUUCUUGGACAAUCUCAAAGAUAAAAGCAUGGACGACGACGAGGAAAUGCACGACUCUUCUAGUACAACCAGUAGUCAACCGCAAUCGUGGAUCAAGUGGUUUUGUUCGCUUGCUAGUCAUGAAUACUACUGUCAAGUCGACGACGAUUUUAUUGAAGACGGCUUCAAUUUGACUGGACUAGUGCAGCAAGUGCCCUUAUACAAGGAGGCUCUAGAACUAAUUCUCGACAUGGAACGCGAAGAAGACGAAAUGAGCUCCACGAUACCCGACGUCAGCAUAGUGCAGCCGCAUGCAGAGUUGCUCUAUGGGUUGAUUCAUCAGCGUUAUAUCAAUACCAAGGCCGGACUUUCUCAAAUGCUGUACAAAUAUAAUUCAGGACACUUUGGGGCAUGUCCACGGUAUUUUUGUGAGAAGAUGCCAAUGCUACCGGUGGGUCAAGGCGACCAACCCAAUGUAGGGCCUGUCCGGUUGUAUUGUCCAAAUUGCAAGGAUAUUUAUAUGUGCAAUGGCAAGUAUGCGAAUGUGGAUGGUAAGUGACACUAUUUUAAGAUAACGAAAAGAAGAAAAUGCAUCCAUGCAUGCACCCCGCAAAAAAAAUUCAAUU